GACAGCGUCCAAGUCGGAUCGUCAGUGACUUCCGUCCUCGAUAAUACUAUCACAAGCCUGAAACAGGAUUUUCGUUUCAAAUUUCGACCAUUUCUGUCGAUCGUGAGAAACAUUAAUUGAAAAAUUUCGAAAAUAAUGAAAAAUCGAAUUUUCUUGAAGGAAAAAUUAUCGAACGUUUAAUUCGACCGAAGUGUGAUCGUCGGGAUCAGAAAGAAACUUCCAAGAAUAGCGUGACUUUAAAGCAACUAUUAACCGCGCUGUGUUGUGAAGUGGUGAGCAAGCAAACGAAUUUAGUAAAAGGCAAUUGCCUCGAGUGAAUGUCAACAUGGAGUGGUGGUCGGUUUCUGCAGCGUUGAUCGCCGUGAUAAUAGUGCUAUACUACAAGUUCACCACGGACUAUGGGUUUUUCGAAAGACGUGGGAUCCCUUACAGCCGACCGAUCCCCAUACUGGGCAGCAUCUGGAAGGCGAUGCUUCUACAAGUCACGUUCGCCGAAGCAACCAAAGAGAUCUACAACAUAAACGCCGAAGCGAAAUACGUCGGUUUCUUCGACUUCGCGACACCUGUAAUCGGUCUCCGCGAUUUGGACCUGAUAAAAUCCAUCACCGUGAAGAACUUCGAGCAUUUCCCGAACCACAGGUCCUUCCAGGAUAUGAAAACAGAUCCUCUGUUCAGCAAAAACCUGUUUGCCCUCCGCGGAGACAGGUGGAAAGAGGUGCGAACCUUGCUGAGCCCAGCUUUCACGUCCAGCAAGAUGAAGGCGAUGUUCGUGUUGAUGCGCGACUGUGCCAAGCUGUACGGAGAUUAUCUAGCCUCGAUUCCACCCGACCAAAGAAUCAUAGAGCUCAAAGAAGCGUUCACCAGAUACACCAACGACGUGAUCGGUACUUGUGCCUUCGGUAUCGAAGUGAACUCCAUGAAAGAGCCGAAGAACAAGUUCUACGUGUACGGCAGGGAAGCGACGAAUUUCAGCAGAUCUCAGUCGCUCAAGUUCUUCCUGAUAAGAACGAUACCCAAAUUGUCUAGAAUGCUGGGCGUGAAAGUAGUCCGAGACGAGAUCGCCGAAUUUUUCAAAGACCUCGUCGGCACGACGAUAAAGACCAGGGACGAGCAAGGUAUCGUUCGUCCAGACAUGAUUCAACUGAUGAUGGAGACCAGAGGUAAGUUGGGACCAGGAAAGGAGCUGUCCAUCGAGGACAUGACCGCGCAAGCGUUCAUAUUCUUCUUCGGUGGCUUCGAGAGCACGUCAACUUUGAUGUGUUUCGCCGCCUACGAAGUCGGCGUGAACGAGGAGAUCCAGAAGAGGCUGCAGGAGGAGAUCGACCAGGUUCUGGAGGACUGCAAGGGAGAAGUCACCUACGAGGCUAUCAACGACAUGAAAUACUUGGACGCGAUUAUCAACGAGGCGCUGAGAAUGUACCCGGUGAUCGUCGCUGUGGACAGAGCUUGCGUGAAGGCGUUCGAAUUGCCGCCAGCACUGCCUGGAGGGAAACCGCACGUCGUUCAACCCGGUGAAUUCCUAUGGCUGCCGAUCUACGGCAUACAGAACGAUCCUAAUCACUUCCCCGAGCCGAACAAGUUCAACCCCGAUCGUUUCUACGACGACCCGAAGAAAGUGAACUCUGGCGCGUUCUUGGUCUUCGGUAUGGGACCUAGAAUGUGCAUCGGUAACAGAUUCGCGAUACUGGAGGCGAAGGUUCUUCUGUUCCAUAUUUUCGCGAGGUGCACGUUCAAGACGUGCUCGAAGACCGUGAUACCGAUGAAGCUGAGCAAGAAAGGAUUCGCUAUGACCGCGGAGAACGGAUUCUGGUUCGACGUUCAGCCGAGGAGCAACACUCAGCCUUUGUUAGACAAUUCGGUGUGCAGCAACGGUGUUGCUGCUUAAACAAAUCUUUCGUCUUCCCGCGUGAAAUUUCCCACGUGAAUUCUUGCGUCUUAUCG